UCUGUGUGUGCACUUCCUCAAUCGUCCGCUGUUCUGGUUGAGAAGGCCAAAUAGCGAGUGUCCGUACACUUCACUGAGAUGUCUGCGGUGUUACGUGUGGUCUACACCGUAUCCAGGCCAGGGUCAUUUCUGGCCAGUCAAAAUCUUGCACGUCCUCUCAGCCUAUCCGCACACAGAGCAGGGAUUAAGUAUGUCAAUAAUCAGGAGGAGGCCACAGAUAUGAAGUCCAUCACGGACCGUGCUGCUCAGACUCUAAUGUGGACAGAGCUGUUCAGAGGUUUGGCAAUGACCAUGAGCUAUCUUUUCGUUGAACCUGCCACAAUCAACUACCCCUUCGAGAAGGGCCCUCUAUCGCCCCGGUUCCGUGGGGAACAUGCGCUCCGCAGGUAUCCUUCUGGAGAGGAGCGGUGCAUUGCCUGUAAACUUUGUGAGGCCAUUUGUCCAGCACAGGCGAUCACAAUUGAGGCUGAACCUCGUGCUGACGGCAGCAGGAGAACAACGCGUUAUGACAUAGACAUGACCAAAUGCAUCUAUUGUGGCUUUUGCCAGGAAGCCUGCCCUGUGGAUGCUAUUGUAGAGGGUCCCAACUUUGAGUACUCUACAGAGACCCACGAGGAACUGCUUUAUAACAAGGAGAAACUCCUCAACAAUGGAGACAAGUGGGAGGCUGAGAUCGCUGCCAACAUCCAAGCUGACUAUCUCUACAGAUAAAUAAAUGUCCCUGUCUCUAUUUCAACACCGUGACAAUAUACUCUUAACCAUGCUCUCUUAACAAUAUUCACAGUUUCUUUUGCGUAUGGAAGAUUUGCUUUUUAGAUGGUUACUGUUGUGCUGACUGCACAUUUUCAAAGCCCAGGGACUGAUUUUUUUUGUGAAGAUGCACAUAAUUUUUGAUUAUGCAUACAUGUAGAUGAUCUGAUCUAAAAUUAAGUUCACACAUUCAUGUCCGUAAACUACAGCCUUAAAGUGUGAGUCUCUGUACACCUAAAGCUGUCACUUUGACACAGCAUUACCUUCACGGAUCAACUGUUGAGGUAUGUUGUAUAAUAAAGUGUCAAAAGGCAGUAUAAUCAAGUUAUCCUUCAAAGCCACCAAGGAUGACGCACUACUUUGAGGCUGUUACAUUCUCAUUUUGAGGCAGUCGAUCCAUCCUUCCCAUUUUUACCCUUCCUUUCAAUUUUUGACCAUCCAGUGGGUUUAAAUUAAAGAGCUGUAAGAAACAAAAGCACUUCGACAGUUGUUGAAUAUCUCACAUUGUAUCCUUACAGGUAAAGACAUUUUAUUUGUCCUUGUGAGAACUGUACAAAGACUAAAUACUUGUGGACCGUAUAUAAUAAAUGAAUGCUCUGUCCAAAUCUUA